GCAAACUCAUCAUAGUAAUUAUAGUCCUAAACCAUCCUUCUGUCGAGAGAGAGAGAGACCUUUUCAUUUUAAAAUGUAAAUUCCACUAAAUCAGUUAUAUCUAUUAAACUAUUAAGAUAGUACCUUAGAGGAUAAGCUACCAAUUUUGAACAUUAAAAUAUACGAGACGUAAAAUAGCUUAAACACUGGACUAUUAAACAUACAAGAGGUAGCUUCCAGGCGAAACCAACAGAAAAAAAACUGAGAAAAAAAGGAAAAAAUAAAAGAAGAUUUAAACUAACAUUUAAAUGUUACAACAAGGAAGAAUUGUGUUGUAAUACAUGAUAAAUAAAGGCAUAGCACUUCAGACUACUGGAGGAUUAAAACAGAAAAAAAACAGCUCACAACACUUCCCCGACAAAAGCUUAUCUGAUAAUACUGGGAGGAAGCCCUAACCAAAAUGUGAGGAAGAAAACUAAAAGGAGCAGUAACAGUGAAGCCCUCUGAAAUCUCACAGGAAAUCUGUUAUUAUUAUUAUUAUUAUUAUUAUUAUUCCUCUCUGAGGAUAAAGGACUGAACACCCUGCACUCCACACACUGAGCGAGCUGAAUGUUGGACAUGAUAAGUGUUUAAUGUACCUUAGUCAGGGUUUUGUCGAUGUUAUUUCAGACACAUGGAGUCUACUUAAGGUUGUUAAAGGAAAAAUAACAUGUUCUGAAAAAAACAAACAAACUUUGCUGUCUGCAAAGAGCAAGAGGCAUUACUACUAUAAUUAUGGACUGUUCAGUCAUUUACCAUCGGGUGGCGCUAUAACUGCCUCCGAGCCCACGCCAACAGACUGAAAAACAGCUUAUUUCCUGUGGCUGCUGCUGCACAGAGCAGCUGACCACGGAGUGUUAACUGAUACAACACUGUCCUGUCACUUUCUGUCUAUAUUGCACUGCUUCGUCCACUACGCAUCUUUACACUUAUGUUCAUCAUUGCACUACUGCCCAAGUAAACAAAAAAUAAAAGUAUGCUAAGUAUAUUAAAUGCUAGCAUGCCAGAGCAUACUAAAGUGUAUUUGCUCCAGACUAAUGACUAGUGUACUUGAAGUUUGCUAUUUUUUGCUGUUUUGUAUGCACCUGUGUUCUGGCUUUUUACCCGCUUUUUGCUGUUUUUGGUGCCAACAGUGCUUUGGCCUAUAAUGAACUGGGGAAAACCGGCUGUAAUGAUGUGAUUUUGGUGCAUGUUACUGGCCCACAUUAUUUUUUGUAGGCCUGUCUACACAAUGAUUUCUGCUGCUGCUGGGGGAAACAGGAUAAUAUCGAGGCCGUCACUGCAAAUGAACAUUCAUAUAUUCUUCAUGUUUAGCCUCUAGUCGCUAACCCACUUUUUUCUUAUGUUAUAAUUUAAAAAAACCCGGCUCCCAUUACAUGUUUGUGCCACCAUUUUAACCUCAUCUCUAAAGACAUUGAAAUGUAACUAAUAAAAUAGAUUGUAUACAGAUAAUAAACAGAUAAUAAAAUACAAAAUUGGAAAUUAUUGGGCAAAAUUAAGGAGUCAUUCCUUACUGCCUUCGAUUACAUGUCUGAUGGCUUGGGUGAAGAAACCCUACAGAGACGAUGGGGGUACUGUUGAAAUACAUUGGCACAGUGGUGCUGCUUAGGGAAUUUAACAUGUUUAGUGAGAACAUUUGCAUUUUGUUUGUCUACACAUCUUUUGACAGAUCAACUGUAGUAAGGCACAGCAUCUGCUUGUUUUAGAGACGAGUAGUCUUCCUCAUUGCCUCGUGAUUCUGCGCAUUGACCCAGGUGUGGAACUUGAUGUCAUCCAGAAGUGCUGCUGGUAAUUUGCAUCUCAGACAUGGAGUCCUUCAGGGUUCCUCACCAUGCCCUGCUUUUCUUCAUCCUCACCUUCAUCACAGGACCUGUAUCCGCAUCAGAUAUUACAUAUGUGCAAUUUAAUGAUCCUGUUAAUCACCACUGUCAUGAGGAAUGUUUAGGUGUGGUGAAAUGGACUCUGUCAAGUAACCCGGAUUAUGUAGUGGCCGAGUGUGAUCAGACAUCCUGCAGGUCAAAGGAGGGGUUUAAAAUGUCCCAUGAUCAGUACCUGAAGGCAGAGCCUAUCCUUUACAUCCCUGCAGCUGAUUACAGUAAGAGGGGUUUAUACACAUGCUGGUGUGACGACAGAGAAAUUAAUGAUAUGGAACUCAUUAUUGUGUACCUGUCAUCAUCGAUUCGCCGAAACCCUGGUGAAGAUUUGUUACUGGAUUUGCAUGUAACAGAUCGGGUCAAGGUGAUCCAUGUAGGUAAAGACUCAACAGAUCCACAUGGUGAAGAGAUCUGUACUGUGGAUAGAAGCUCACUAAACUGUACAGCUGAAUACACACCGAGGACAUCACUUAAUGACACAGUCCUUACACUGAGAGGAGUAAAUCUGACUGAUGAAGGAGUUUACACCAUCCAGGACAUGGACAAUAAUGAUCUUCAUGUUUAUGCAGUAUCAGUGGGAGGGACUGAAUCAGCUAUCUCCACUGUGUAUGCAAGGGUAAAUCAGGCUGCCGUUUUGCCCUGUGUACAUAAAUGUUCUGGUUUGGCCAAAUGGACAUUGCUUGGUAAACGAGACACUGUGGCUCAGUGUGAUCAGACAAACAUAUGCAGGUCAAAAAAUGGAUUCAGAAUAUUCUAUAAUAGGAGACUAAAGAAAAACCUCAACCUCACCAUCACUCGAGCUGAUUACAGUAUGAGGGGUUUAUACACGUGUCAGUGUGAUGGCAGAGAUCUUAAGAAUGUGUAUCUCAUUAUUGAUCCCCAAAUAGUAGAAUUUAUUACAAACCUUGGUAACGAUCUGAGGCUGAAAUUGUUUGUAUCGGAGCGAGUGAAGGUGAUUUUUAAGGGAAAAUACUCAGCAGAUCCACAUGGUAAAGAGAUCUGCACUGUGGAUAGAGACUCACUACACUGUACGGCUGAAUACACACCAAGAACGUCACUCACUAACAAAGUUCUUACACUGAGAGGAAUCAAGACGACUGAUGUGGGGUUAUACUCUAUCCAAGACACAAAAAAUAACAAUCUUCAAAUUUGCUUACUAUCAAUUACAGGAUCACAUUCCCCUACUGUAAAGGCAACGUUUAGUCAGGCUGCUGCUCUGCCCUGUAAAAAGACAUGUCCUGGUUUGGCCAAAUGGACUCUGUUUGAUAAACCAGAUGAUGUAUUAGCUGAGUGUAAUCAGACAUCCUGCAGGUCAGUAAAGGAGGGGUUUAACAUGUCCCAUGAUCAGUACCUGAAGGGAGAUCUCACCCUCACCGUCGCUGCAGCUGAUUACAGUAUGAGGAAGAGUUACACAUGUCAGUGUGUUGGCAGAGAGCAUGUACAUCAUGUGGAACUUCGCAUCGAGCCCUUGAAAUCAUCAAUUCAGAUAAAUUCUGGUGAAGAUCUUCUGCUGGAUUUACCAGAUGUGUUCAAGCGAGUGAUCUAUAAGGGGGCAAAUUCGACGACUACACGUGGGAAGGAGAUCUGCACCACACACAGCAGCGGGCUACGCUGUACAGCUGAAUACACACCAAGAACAUCACUUAAUAACACAGUCCUUACACUGAGAGGAGUAAAGCCGACUGAUUGGGGAGUUUACACCAUCCAGGACUCAAUCAACAAUGAUCUUCAUAUUUACACAGUAUCAGUGAAAGCCAUCAGAUCAUCAGUUCAGAUAAACUCUGGUGAAAAUCUGCAGUUGUAUUUGUACGGAUCAGAGCGAGUGAAGGUGAUCUAUAGACGUAAAGAUUCCUUUUGGAAUCCUGAACGUCCUUUUGAUGUCGAGAUCUGCACUGUGGAUAGAAGCUCACUGAACUGUACAGCUGAAUACACACUGAGAACAUCACUCACUAACACAGUCCUUACACUGAGAGGAGUAAAGUCGAGUGAUGAAGGAGAUUAUAUUUUCCGUGACAUUGAGAAUAAUGAACAUCUCCAAACUUACACAGUAUCAGUGAGAGAUCACACAGUGUGGCGGAGUGUCCUGAUACCAGUGGUGUUGCUGCUGCUUGUUGCAGUGGUUGUAAUAAUCCUGUACAAGAGGAAACGACUUGAGUGCUGCCAGGAGGAUGAAAGAAACAGCAGUGAAGCAGGAGAACACAACUCAAAAGGAACCACAGCAAUGACUGCUCUACCAGAGAACCAACAGAUGUUAAGGCAGAGUGAGAACUAAACUCAAGCAUGAGGAACAUGAGGGAAGAGCUGCAUACAGCUGCUUACAGGAUAGUCCUGGAGUGAGGAGAGAGCUGAACUCGCAAGAAUAAACAACUUGUAUCGUCUGGAUCAGGGGUCGGCAAGUUCUGUCCUAGUCAACCCUACCCAACCCUGCCCUAAUCAAACACACAAAUACUAAACACACCUGAACAAGCUAAUUAAGGUCUUCAGGAUUAGUAAGGCUACAAGGCAGGUGAGUUUUUUUUUCCAGGUUUGGAGCUGAAAUCUGCCGGACUCUCUAGGGAUCUCUAGGACCCAACUUGCCAACCCCAUGUCUAGAUCCUGAUAACUUGAUCAGGAGCAGUGGUUUUUCAUUCCAUGUCCCAGGUGUUCUACAGUGUUUAAUUACACUAACUGUGGGUUGCAGCAUGGGUGAGUGUAGGUCACAACCAGUCACAGAAUCACUUUUUACACUGUCUCUGAAGUAAUUGCUCGUAAAACCCUCGUGCCUAUGAUUACAUCACAGCGAUCAGUAUGACCUCAAGUGUGAUAUUGCUUAAAUGAAAUGGUGCCAAUGUCUAUGGACUCUAUAUGUUUUUGCUAUACAGAAGCAGAUAGUUGUGCCCUUUACGGAUAUAUACUGUUCGAUUCAUAGAGGUUAAAGUGAAAUGGUACAAAAGCAAGAGUGGUGUUUUAUUAAACAUUUCCCUUUUUAAAUCAUUACCAUUUGGCUCUCAUCACUGCUUUUAUGAUUCAGACUGCUCUCUUAUCUAAAGCUUGUUUUUAUUCUGUUGUCUAUCUGUAUGGAUUGAUAUUAAACCAAAGCCCAAUUUUACA